GAUUUACCAGGUACCAUACAGUUGUCAAAAUGGCGUCUUUACUGCCAGCCGACGGCGUCUUGUUUGAGGCUAGCAACCAAGCUCCCCCGCCUUCAAAAGACUUCAAUCAGCUGAUCAUCCAGCGACAAGAGGUUAUUUGGCGGACAUGGAAGAUCACGCUAAGGAACGACUACAGGAGACUGGCCCCCGGAGAAGUAAAAGAAUCUCAUGAAGACUUCACAUUUGAUGAUCGCAUGCAGUUUGACGUUGGUAGAGUGUUUGAUGAGCGUACCUUGAACUAUGCCCUGGAGUUAUGCAGAGGGAACAUUGACUACCUAGUGAGGAUGCCACGCCCUCUGCUCAUCUACAUGGUGUCUUAUCUAGAGCUUGAAGACAUUGCUGCUCUCUCACAGACCUCCAAGCUCAUGUAUGAUAUAUGCAAUACUGAAGCUCUUUGGGAACAGAUCUAUGAGAACCAUUGUGAUACAGUGACGGAUGAGAUGCGAUCUUUGGCUCAUGAGAUGGGAUGGAAACGAAUGUUCUUCACCAAUAAGUUGCAACUUCAGGUGAAACUGCGACGCCAUCAGAACAAGCAAGAAACUCCAGAGGGCGGUACAACAUUCCUGACUGACGCAUAGAGGGACUAUCCAUGCCCACUGCAUACUCCGUCCACCAAAUAAAUUACAAAGAUAUUUCAUUCCACUUGAAGUCUGUCCCAUUCUUGUAAUAUAUUCUUAAAAUUGAAAUUUUUCUGAUUGUGUUGAUAUAAAUAUGAAUGUGUCUUGGAGAAAAUGAAUACCUCAGUGCAGAGACCUUUGCAAAUGAUGAUGUAACUGCAAUAUUGCAUCAACUAUUCUCUUAUCUGAGCAGGGACCAAAUUCAUAGAGCUGCUUAAGCACAAACAGAAGCUAAGCAAAACAAAGUUAUGCCAACCAGAAUGUAGGUUAGCAGUCACAAAAACAUGUCACAUGCACAAUUUUUGGCUGGUAUCCUGCCCAUUAUUGGUAAGCAGUAUUGUAUUAAGUAGUAUUUUCUGCUUAAAGGAUUCAGGUACUUUUUCAACAUGUCCACAGAUUUACAUUAAACU